UGGUGAUUGGCAUUGGUUGACUCUUGUUUAGUUUCGGUUGAUUUGCCGCAGCAGUGAAAAAAAUAUAGCUGAAAACAUGGACGACGACUUUGUCAUGAUCCCCGACGUGAACACAUUAGAGCCUCACAUUAAAAUGUUCGCAGUGAAAACCACCCAAGUUAUCGUGCAAUCCAGGAUGAAACAGAAAUCCAAGACCAUCGGCAGUCCCAUUCCAAUCCGCAACGAUUGGUUCGGCCUCAGGAUUGACGAUCAGCCGGAAGUGUUGGCGGAGACAGAGAAGGUGCUCCAAGUCAAGAAGCAUGAAUCGGUUGUCACACGGCUUCCACUAAAUGUAGAGAUAUCUCUACAGACUCCCGAUGAAGAUAGCAUAGUCCUCGAGGUUUGGACGCUCAGUGUGCAAACGGAUAACUUACAUCCUAAGCCACUCGAUGUCAUACACAGAGAAUUGGGAGUUGUGCUGAAGCUUAUUUUAACAACUACGCGUAUGAUACCCGCGUACAGACUUGCUCGGAAACAAGAUGAGGACUCAUAUCAAAUUUACUAUCGAAUAUAUACCGGCGAACGGAUGGCCGAUUUUGGUAACGAAGCCAUGAGAAGGGUCGUCGGGGAGGUGCCCUCCCAAACGGGGACCAUAACAAUGUCGGUAGUGUAUCUCAAAAGUGUAUCCAUAGACGAUUUCCGUCCGAAUCUUACUUCGGCAACAGCAAGAAACAAACAAAACGACAAUGACAUGAAAGUUAAAGAAAGAAAAAUCGAUUUGAACCAACCGAUGAGUUCCAUUGCAUUUGUAGAUACGAAGAAAACCAAACAAGUUUCGGAAAUCGAUUUGUCUCAGCCUAGCCAUUCAGCGUACCGAUGGUUAUUCACACAAAACAGAGCCAUCAAAACCGCAGAACCCACGACCCCAGACAACGAAUCAGCGCCAGAAGAACAGACCAUCUGCAGUGCAUCACCUCAAGACAUUGUUAAGAAGAAAACCCACUCGCCUGAGAAGGCAGCCCAGGUAUUGAAUAGUGAGGAAAAACUACACGAAAUUAAGUACAACGAUAUUGAUACAUUGAAAACAAAACCAGUAUCGAAAUUCGAUCUAUCUCAAUCGAAAAAUUUUGCGCUUCGAUGGUUGUUCAAGGGAUACAAAGACAACAGUAGUUCCAAUGCACCAGAAGCUGCAGAAUCCACGACACCAGACCGCGAACCAACACUGGAAGAACAGGCCAGCUGCAGUGCUGUAAAUACGUCAUCCCCUACCGGCUCUGUUGAACAUGAUGGUUUAUCCCAGUCCAAGCUGGUAAACAAUGAAUGCAAAGACGAAUACAGCUCCGAUAUCCCAGUAGACGAAUCAUCGCCAAAAGAACAGACGAUCUGCAGUGCUGCCAGUGUGUCAUGUACCGACGAUUCUACGGGUGAUAUCACCCUGCAACCCGAAGAGACAGCCCAGGGUACAUCGGACGGUGAAGAAAAACUGCACGGAAGGAAGGACGCCGAUACUGAUGUACCACCGUUCCGAUGGACAAUCACCGAAUACAUAGACAACAACAGUUCCAACGCCCCAGAAGACACCGAAUCCACUACAUCAGAUAGCCAACCAGCGUUAGUAGAACAGACCAUCUGCAGUUCUGUCAGUGUGACUUCCCCUAAUUACACAGAUGUUGAUUUAUCCCAGUCUAGGCGUUUAUACGAGGAAUGCAAAGACGACAGCAACUUCAACGCACUACCAGAAGGCGUAGAGCCAACGAUACCGGACAACGAAUCAGCGCCGGAAGAGCAAACUAUCUGCAGCGCAACCAAUGUGUUGUCUCUUGACGACACUGUCUACAACAAAACCCUUCAAUCAGAGGAGCCAGUUCAGGGUCUAUCGGAUAAUGGGGGAAAUCUGAAGGACGAAAUGGAGGACGACACCCUCUCGGAUGGUUCCGAAUACUAUGAUUGCCCGUCUCCACCCCCUGUGUUGCAAUCGAGUGAAACACUAAAUUCUAUGAAAGUCACUGAAGAUGUUGUUGGCGACCACCAGCUAGAGGAGGAACCUCUCGGUCCGUUGGAUAAUGCAGGGGAACCGUACGAAAAGGAGGACGACAUACCUUCGGAUGGAUCUGUGUUCUAUGAAUGUAUAUCUCCACCACCACUGCUAGAAUCCGAUGAACUCCCAGAUAGCACGAAUGUUGAGGAACGUGGUGGCGUUUUCAGAGCAAUAAUCAGCAUGUUGCAAGAUACAACCCUCGCCUUGUGGGAUAAUGAGGAGGAAGACGACGAUUAAACCUCAGUCAACAUUAGAAGAGUUACGUGGAUUAUAUUCAUUGAUUGGUAUUUUACAUUGUAUUCUUGAGUUAACAUUAGCGACUACGUGAAACAAAUCUAUCAGAACUCUUUGCAUCGAACAGUCGACAAGUUAAUGAUAUGAAUCAAUAGUACCUGUAUGAUUCAGUCAGUUAUUCAGUGAAUACAUUUCAGUAAGGUGAUUAUCAUGACAUUCAUAAUAGUUAAGGUUGAUUGAAAUAGAUUCUAAAUGCAUGUUUACGAAAUGCUUUUUACAAAACUCGUUGAAAACAAUACUUAUGUGCAAUUGAAUAGCUGUUAGUUAUGCCACGAGGGGGACUGCUUCACAUACUAGCGACACGGAGAAUGUUCAUCAACAACAUGCAUCACAAAAUGUCUUCAUGGUGUAUUCAAGAAGCCGUGUUUCUAAGAUAAUAAUGAUUUCACU